UUAGUUGACGGAGUGGAAGUAGGAUCACUAGGUACGGAUCAACGCGGAGAUAAAAAAUCUUUCUUUCCUCCCCUCAUCAUCAUGCUCGCCCGAGUCGUCGCUCGCCCCGCCAUUCGUCAGCUCCAUACGACGGCUAGACUUCGCUCUGGCCACGGAGACUAUAACCAUCUGCCCUUCAAGGUCCCAUUCCAAGGCGCGGCUGCAACUCCAUUUGGCCUGAAAAUGAUUGCAUUCCUCUCCUUCGGCUUCGCCGUACCAUUUGUUGCCGUCAAGUUGACGCAACUGAAGCGUGGCGCUUAA